AUGUCUUUGACCUCCAAUCCCAACAUGACACCUUCUGAGAUCCUUCAACUCAACUUGAAUGAUUCCGCUCUCGAUUUAUUAAAUGCUGCUAUCGCUAGCCAUCAAGUCAAAGUAGAUAAUAGCAGCACCAGCAAUGAUAAGAGCAGUAAGAAAUCAGAUACAUCUAGCAAGAAGAGUGCAAGUAAAGACGAUAAAGAAGCAUCUUCAUCCCCCGAGAGUAGCUCAGUUCAUGUUCACAUAAAGAGAGAGCUUGAUAAAGACGAGGAAACAUCAUCUAUAGCACCUAAACGUGCGGGCCGAAAACCACUUGAUAAAACUCAAAUAUCCGAUGCCCCACUUGAUCCUAAACAAAAGAGAAAAGCACAAAACAGAGCUGCUCAGCGUGCAUUCAGAGAUCGUAAAGAAAAGCACGUAGCAGAAUUACAAGCUCGUAUCGCAGAACUGGAAGCAUUGAAUGCCACCAAAGAUGAAGACCUCGUUAAAGAAAACGAACAACUUAAGGAGAUGUUACAGAAGCUUCAGGAGGAGAACUAUGCUCUUAAGGGAGCUCAAUUCACAUUUGAGUUUCCUGUCAAUGACUCUACUCAAGCCAAUGCCUUUGCUCAUAUCAACAACAACAACAACAACAACAACAACAGCAGCAGCAGCAGCGGCACGGCCACUGCAAUCACUGACAUGAAUCACAGAUCUUCAUCUGAUAAAAGUAGCAUGUACCAAACUACGACUAGCGGCAGUAGUAUGAGUAGCAACAAUAGCUACAGCGGUGAAGAUGUAGGCUCAUCUGCCGAGCAAUCGCCUUUAUCAAAUUCCCACACACAUGAGGAUGACUCUACCAGUGCAGACACCCCCAUCAACUCUGUAUUUUCAGCUGAACCUAUGCAAUUUGGUUUAAUACAUCAACAGCAACAGCCAUUGCUACAGGCACAACAACCGCCAAUGAACAAUAGCCUGGAUUUCUUUGCUGUUUCUGAUAACUCUGGUUUCAACACUCAGCAAACAAAUAGCUUUCCUACUGGAGAUCUCUUCCAUGGUAAAGAUGAUUUAUUUGCAAACUACCGUGUGCCUACAACAAACAAUGCGAACGACGAUUUCUUGUUUGCAAAUGAAGAUUUAUCAGGCUUGUUCGGUGGUACUGACGACCUCUUUGGUUUUGGUAAUAGCAACCAAUUGAACAUGGCUGCUCAAUUUGGAUUGCCUGAAACACCAGCAAGUCGACGCCUCAAUCUCACAGCCGAUAAGAAGGAGAUGCUUUUGAGCAAAUUAAAGCAAGGUCAACAAGAAGGCAAAUACAUUUACCAAGUGCAUCAAGAUAUUAAGCAACAAUGUCCUGAUUUCAACUUGGACUUGCUCUGUGACGAACUGAAAAAGAAGGCUUCAUGUAGCAUGAGCACCUAUCCAUUGACUGAUCACGAUGUGGAUGCUUUUGUAAAGUGUUUGGACCGUGUCUAA